CGAAUGUGCCGUAUAAAUUAUCACUAAAUUUUAAAGAGAUUAAAUGUGAUUCUUUAUGUAAAAAAUGUGUUUCUGACAGUUCUCUCUUGUGUAUGGAAUACGAAGGUCUGAUGCAUUCCUGGCUUAUCCGACUGCAAGCAACUGGAAAAAUGGUCUUACUUCGAUAGACACAGGUUGGCCUAAAUUAAGAAGAAAAAAACCAAACCCGUGCACUUUUAUUGAAAACCAUUGAAACGAAAGGGCGCCAAUCUUCUUUGAGAAAAGGGGUGUUAAAAUGGUGAAAUAUAAUGUACUAGUCGGUUGUACUGGAAGUGUUGCUUCACUAAAGAUACCACUGCUUAUUGGGGAACUAGCAAAGUCUACUGAUAUUGAGAUCGAUGUAAAGCUUAUAUCAACCGAACAUGCUCUGCAUUUUUUUGAUAAAUCAUCCAUUAAAGAAGGCGUAUUAACAGAUGUAGAUGAAUGGAAUGAUUGGCAAAAAAGAGGGGAUCCAGUUUUACACAUAGAAUUACGACGCUGGGCAGACCUAAUGCUUAUCGCACCAUUAGAUGCUAAUACUCUAGCUAAAAUAUCUAAUGGUAUCUGUGAUAACUUAUUGACUUGUGUUGUUCGAGCUUGGGAUUUAAGUCGUCCGUUAUUAUUCGCUCCAGCUAUGAACACCUAUAUGUGGAAUCACCCAUUAACUAGUAAACAGAUAAAUAUAUUAAAGGCGGAGUUUCAGUAUAUAGAAAUACCAUGUAUUGAAAAAACAUUAAUAUGUGGAGAUACAGGUAAAGGUGCAAUGGCGGAAGUAUCAACGAUUGUAUCAGUUGUAAUUGAGAGACUUAAGGAAAUAAAGAAAGAAACUAAACAGGAAAACACGUGAUCAUCAUCCAUUGUUUAGCCAUGACUCAUAAAAUGUAUAAUGAUUCCUAAAUUUUCUGAACGUGAUAGCGAUAGACUGGAAUGAAUUGAUUUGAAAAAUGCUAGUGUCUAACUCUUAAAAAAACUGUCUAGUCAACUGCGUGAUUUCGUGAAACAGCUAUAGAAACAAGACAACACACAAGAAACAUUCGAUCAAUGAGUACAUUUAUAUAUUUUUUUUUAAAUGAAUAUCUUUCAAAGUAUUUUGUUUGUGAAAUGUAUGUCUAUCAUCACUGAGCAUUGAUUAUUCUUUGGACGUCUGGCCAGUGUACGUCAUAUCAUUAUUAUUAUUUUAGGUUUCUAUGGUGCAUAACUGCUACAUAAAUGUGCUCAUGUGCGCUUUAUACAAAGACAAUAUUACAUUUACAUAAUAAAACGAGGUAACAAAGAGCAUACUUUAUAAAAUAUAAAUAAAAAUUUUAUUUAGAUAAAAUUACACGUAAUUAGAAAUUAAAAUAGCUCUGUAUAAUCUCCUUUUAAAAGGAUCACCGGGUAAAAGCCUUUUUAAAUAAAUAUGUCUUAAGCCUUAAAAGUAACAAAAGCAGUGACAUGUUAUUCCAUAAUAAUGGUACUUGUAAAUAGAAUGACCGGUUACCAUACUAUGAUAAAUUAUAAGAGCGCUGUAUAUAAGUAAUGAAUAAUGAUAAAAUAAAUGAAAUAUGGAGUGAUGUUUAACAUUCUACGUUCUGAAAACGGUCAUGCGCCAUUCAGUGUGUUAUGAAGGAAAUUUUACCCUUAUUUCGAACCAAUGUCGAUUUUUCAUCCCAUUCGAUCGACUAGACGCUGUUUCUUGCUAGGCCCUCCGACUUGCACGACUGACAUCUCGAUGAACUUUCUCGGCCAACACUGCGAGUGAACCCAGGACCUGGUAAACGAGACAGCAUAAUAUAAUAAAUUGAACCACUUUAGUAGAUGUGUAGGCCUACACUAAAACAUAAUUCGUUAAUCAACGGACUUUAUAUUACGGUACUAAUAAGGUCCAUGGUGAAUCUAAAAAAUGUAAAAGGGGGAUUUGAAUUAUUCAUUACUCGGUUACGUCACAAUAAACAUUUCGCAAAUUUCUAUUACGUCAUGUAACAGUUCUAGAAAUACGUCAUUACUAUUGUCAAAGAUAAAAGCCAAGGAAACCAAAUCCGGAUUGAAGUGGUCUCGGAUGUUACACAGAUUUUGCUAUGUAAAAUUUCAAUGAAUUUUAUGGAUUCUGGAGACAGUGAUCCCGAAAUUACUGGUAAUGAGUACGAGGAACUUUGUAAAAACUGUGACAAACUUUGUAAAAAAAUAGGUGAUCCAGUUCUUCCUAUUGCUGGAAGGUAUAAGAAGGAUUCCCGGGUAUGGCUACAUAAAAAUCCGGGAUUUCGACUGGGCCAGAGCGUGACGGUAAAGGUAAAAGAAGAUUCGUCUUCAGAAUGUUUGUACAGCGUCAUGGAUAUGUUUGGAAGGAAAUAUAAAAAAGAUUCUAGAACAUGGCUGCAUAAAUCCUCAAGAAAACGCCAACGAUUGAACGAGGAAUCGUUUGCCGAGGGUGAGAAUAAGUUCGAAAAGGGCGAAUCAUUACCCAAUGUUCCAAAACGUCCCCCGGCACCCUUCAUUAAAAGAGAUCUACCAGAAUCGCCUUUAAGGGGUGUGUGUAAAACCGGUUACAGUUUCAACAGAGAAAAUUCCAAACAAUAUUUUACUGUUUCGAACAUCAUCAGAAAAAGAAAAAGACAAAAACAAUUGAGUUAUUCGGCCAACAAUUCGCCCAAUGAUUUACGAUAUAAUGAAGAAAUAUGUCGUAUUUUGUCUGAUGAGCUAAAUGGUAAUAACGUACGCGGUACUGUCAGUGAAGAGAUGUUUGAAAUCUUUGAUGACGAAGAAAGUCUUGAGGCUUGUCGACGGGUGUCAGAUCAUACCCCGCUUAAUGUAGAAUGGCGGGAAACUCGUUCCAUAACGUCUGAAACGUCAACACAAUCCAGCAAUGAUAACCAACAGAUCGGUAUUAAUCAGUCGCCACUAUCAUCGGAUGCCAGGUCGGUACAUAGAAAAUCGUCAUUCUCUGGCAUUAAUAAGCCUAUAACUCGUGUAGCCUAGGCAUAAGGGUCAUCGUCUGUAAAAUGUUCAAAUUUAUAACAAUGACGGGACAGCUAGGUGAUGAUCUAAUGUUUUAAAUGUUUUACUUGGGGAAUCGACAUAGCCAGUGAAAGGUAAAAUCCAACAAAAUUUCAAAAAAGAGUUCCUAGUCGUUUGGGUGGGUUAAAAAAAAACACCCGAGACCCCAUGUAAUAUCCCUUAGCAGUUAAAAUCACCUGUAGGCGAAAGGCAUGCCGCUUAGCGGGCUUACGCAAUGCACCCUUGCAAAGUGAAAUUAUUAUUGUACAUUUUCAUAGCGCACAGCUUCCUCGACUAAAUGCUCGCGCACUUUACAAAAUAUGGUACAGGAAAUUAAAUUUACAAAUAAAAUAAUUAAUGCCAAUUGCUAUAAUAAUACCAAUCGCACUAUUACUGAAUUAUGAUACAGACAAAACGAAAUGAAACGAAAUGGGAUUUAACGUCCUGCUUUUCUGCACAACCUGGGCUAAUGAAGACAGGUAUACAUCAUGUGCUAUUGGGGACAUUUUGUGCGGAUAGCUGCACUAUGGCUUGGGCCUAUAUUAUUUCAAAUUUCAACUUCUACGUCAACGUGAACACGUUUUUCGUCCCAUCCGAACGACUAGACGAUGUUCCUUCCUAGACCCUCCAUCCCACAUCAAUGACAAGGUGAAACCAUGGCGGAAAUCCAGAUGAACUUCUCGGCCAAGACCCUACUGGUUAACGAAUCAGUGCCACAUCCACUAUGACACCGCGGCUCAUAACUUCGCUCAAAAUGAAUAAUUUGACUGAAAUUUUCACUAAAUUCCAAACGGAUGGUCUUUUUAAAAACUAUUAUAGCGAAAACUGUCAGCUCUUUAUCUAAAUCUUACGUAUAAUGCAUAUUUAAUAAACCCACAAUCACUUUUUGUGGCUGGUCCAUUUUCACAUCAAUCAGUCUCACAGACAAAAUUCUCUAACAUUUAUGAUCAUUUUAAAUGGAAAAUUUCUCUUCUUGUUAAAUCCGCUUCCACCUAGGUGAUAUCACAGACAAUGUCUUUGUAUGAUUUUUUUUUAUUUCUUUCUUUCUUUUUUUUUCUUUUUUUGUCUUGUUACAAUUACAGCAUCAAUAUAUCAUCCGAGGUAAUAAAUCUAAACAAAUCACCUAGACUUAUUAGCACAGCAACCAAUCAUUAUGAUUCAAUACCAUCACGAUCUGCAACACAAUUGAUGAGGAAAGACAACCAGGCGAAUCUAGAAUAUGAGAUAACUCCCCCUGGAAGUCCUUGGAGCCUCGUUAAUAGUCAAACUGACUUUUCAACCAAUAGCUGUCCAACUCGUGGAACUUUACACAUUGAUACACGAAAGUUAAAUAUUAAUAGUCGAAGUGUCUGUCUUUUGAUCGCCGAAUCUGAUGAAUUUUUAGCUGAAGACAAUUUGUUAGUCUAUGAGGAGGAAUCUGACGAUGAUUAUUAGAUAACAAAACUUCAUUUUCGUUAAAAAGUUCUGUGCUGUUCGAGCAGAGUAAAAGUAGUAGAACAUCUGCAGGCAAUUUAUUAUAAAGCUAAUUUAAAUUUAAUUGAUCAUUUAAAAUAUUAAUGAUUGUGCUGAAUCAAUUGUUUCACCAAAAUAUUA